UAAACAAGGGCAUGUGUUGAGUAACUCUCCUUGGGAACGUCGCUUUCUGUCUCUGUCCUUUAACGCCGUUAUGUCUGUCACUGUUUUUGGAAUACAGGACAGCUGUUAAAAGUUUAUUUAAACAUUCACUGAUAGAAACUGUUAGUUUGCGGUCCUUGACUUCAUGGCGGCUUCUGCUCAUGUCUCCAAAGUCCUGUCAUUGUACAAGAGGAUUCUGGUCCUGCAUCGGUUCCUGCCCAUAGAUUUAAGAGCCCUCGGGGACCAGUAUGUGAAAGACGAGUUCAGAAGAAACAAAGUGGCGUCGUCCGAAGAGGUGAAGAGCUUCAUGACCGAGUGGGAGAAAUACAAGGACACCCUGCAGACUCAGGUACUGCAGUCAGCGGGGAAGCCUCUCAGCUCAGUCAAGUUUGGGGCCGACCUGUCGGAGGGGAAACUCAGCAACUUCCAGGACGACCAGAUAGGCCAACUGUACGAACUCAUGCUGGAAUCCACCAAAUCCAGCAGACAGUUUGACAUCCAGGAGGACAGCAAGUGAUGCAGCGGGACACAGAACUUUAUCCGGACAAACAUAAAACCAUAUAUUACCUCUUGAGUGCUUAACCCUUGUGUUGUCUUCCCGUCCACCGGGCAACCUGUGGUUGGGGUGGUAAAAAUGCUUAUGAAAAUUAAUCCUUUUACGCUCCUCAUGUGAAGGACAACGCUCCGCGAUUAAGCGGCAGGCGAUCGAUGUGUGGUAACCAUGGGGAUUCUGUGCACUACUGUAUCUCUGCCUUACGACUGAAUGAGAUUAGUUGACUGUGGAAUCAUAUAUCUCUAAUCACAGGAUCACUAUAACAAAUAGUGGCAGUCCUAGUCUUUGCUAACCACGGACUGUUAUUGUCGAUAGCUAAAGUUAGCAAAAUUAGCAUAAGUCAUAAUUAUGGAUGUUACCUGAUAAAUCCAGUCUUGUGCCGAUGCUCUGACAAGCAGAAGC